AGUAAUGCAGACAGCGUGCGCAUUUAGCUGUGCCAUACGCGUGAGCCUCGGCCGUGACCUUCUUAUGUCACUGGUGUUGUUUAUUGGUCUCUGAUUUAACCACUCUGGCCGGUGUAAUCCCCGGUUAGAACAGCUCGAUAACCGUGUGUCUGGCCGCUCCGUCUCAAUGUCAAGUGAUUGUUGUCGGCCAUAAUAUGAAUCAGCUUUUAAACAACUGAAGUGACUGACUAAGGCUCCCUAACAGAACAACCAGCGUAUUUGUGAGAUUUCAGUAGAAACUCUCAUCAAGUCAUAUCCCAGAUUAAACAAUACUAACGCGAAAAACAAUUCAUUGGGUACUUCGAGCUAACGUUGCUAAUGCUGCUACUCUUAACGACAGAUGCCGGACAUUCAAUGGGGAGUCAUGGUCCCCUCACUGCACUGGCUCCUGCUGCUGUGGGGACUUCAGGGUCUUUGGGCACAGGACUAUGAUGAAGACUAUGAAGAACAGGUGGUGACCACCAAGAAGAAGAGCAAACUGUAUCCAUCCAAUUCCAUAACACAAAAUGGCAAAUCGCUCAUUGAUGAGGACUGCAGUUUGGAGAUAGCCUUUCUGAUCGAUAGCUCAGAGAGUGCCAAGGACAACCAUGCCCAAGAGAAGCGCUUUGCCUCAGAUGUGAUGGACCGGCUGCAGGGCCUCCGGCUGCAAACCGGCCGGAGCCUCAGCUCCCGUGCAGCCCUGCUUCAGUACAGCAGCCAUGUCAUCAUAGAGCAGACCUUCAAACAGUGGAGAGGCACUGACGACUUCAAGGCCCGAAUCAAUCCAGUCGUGUACAUCGGUCAUGGCACCUACACCACCUACGCUAUCACCAACCUCACCCGAAUCUACUUGGAAGAGUCGGCUCCCAGCAGCAUCAAGGUGGCCAUUCUGCUCUUUGAUGGCAUCUCGCACCCCAGGAACCCAGACAUAUUUUCAGCUGUGGCUGACGCCAAGAACCAAGGUGUCCGUUUCUUCACCAUAGGCAUCACACCUGAAGCCAAUGAGCCAACCAAUAUAGCUCAGCUACGACUAAUUGCUAGCUCCCCAGCCUCCCGCUACCUUCACAACCUGCAGGACAGAGGCAUUGUGGACAAAGUCAUCAAGGAGAUUACAGCGCUGGCAGAUGAAGGGUGUCCCCUGGCCCAGAGCAAGUGUGCGUGCGAGAAGGGUGAGAGGGGACCCGGCGGCCCUCCUGGUAAGAAGGGCCGACCUGGAGAGGAUGGAAGUCCUGGUCAAAAAGGACAGAAGGGUGAAAGUGGGCUCAGUGGACUUCCAGGACGAGAAGGAGCAGAGGGAAAACCAGGAUAUAAAGGAGAGAAGGGGGAGAGAGGGGAGUGUGGCACACCCGGAAUUAAGGGAGACAGAGGUCCUGAAGGUACCAUUGGCCCGAGAGGAAAUCGUGGACUUCAGGGUUUGCCUGGUCCACUUGGUGAUAUCGGGCCUGAAGGUGCGAUGGGCAAAAAAGGGGAAAGGGGACUUCCUGGGCCACCUGGAAUCCAAGGGGAAACAGGGAUCGGCCUUCCAGGACCCAAGGGCGAUGUUGGUUAUCAAGGGCAACCAGGGCCCCCCGGUCCUCUGGGAUUUGGCGAGCCCGGACCACCGGGGCCUCAAGGGCCACAGGGAGUCCAAGGAGAGAGAGGACUGAUAGGAGAAGGUCUCCCUGGACCAAAGGGAGAACGAGGCUUGGACGGGCCACGGGGGCCCAGAGGACAGCCGGGCGCUGGAAUCAAGGGAGACAAGGGGGAUUUUGGACCUCCAGGUCUUCCAGGGCCCCUUGGCCUCCCAGGAGUAGGCAUACAGGGCGAAAAGGGUAUUGAAGGACCAAGGGGGCCCCCAGGGAGCAGAGGCCCAACAGGAGAGGGCAUGCCUGGACCCAAGGGAGAUCAAGGGUUGCCAGGCGAGGUUGGUGCCCCAGGGGAGAGAGGGGCUGGAGAACCUGGAACUAAGGGUGAGCCAGGAUCACCGGGAAUGUCGGGUUUGCCGGGGCUGCCAGGUGAAGAUGGAGCCCCUGGACAGAAGGGUGAGCCAGGAGCUUCAGGUAUCAGGGGGCCAGAGGGGGCACCUGGAAUUGGCACUCAGGGUGAAAAGGGUGACCAAGGCCAGAGAGGAAUAAGAGGCUUGACUGGUCCACCUGGCAUUGCUGGACCCUCCGGACCAAAGGGAGAACCAGGGGCACAGGGCAGAGGGGGUUCUCCUGGUCCACCAGGCCGUUUCAUCGUAGGACCCAAGGGUGAUCCUGGCCCAAAUGGUCCUCCUGGUCCGAUUGGGGAAACUGGCUACGGACUGCCUGGUCCAAAGGGUGACCGCGGAGAUCCAGGCCCUGCAGGUCCAUUCGGUCCCAAAGGAGAUGGUUAUCCCGGCCCCAUGGGCCCUCCUGGUCUGCCUGGACUUCCAGGAGAAUCCGGUCCAGAAGGAGCAGGCAUUCCUGGACCAAAGGGGGAUAUUGGUUUCCGAGGGCUGCCUGGUUUACCAGGACCUCCAGGUGAAGGACUCCAAGGACCUCCGGGUAACCCUGGGCGACCUGGGCCACCAGGGCCAAUGGGGCCACAAGGACAAGGGGUUCAAGGUCCGAAGGGUGAACAGGGGGCCCAAGGCGUGACAGGGCCAAGGGGUCUACCUGGAGAGGGCUUUCCCGGAGCUAAAGGUGACCGUGGCUCGGCAGGGGAGAGGGGGCUGAAGGGAAUCAAAGGAGAUAUGGGAGAUGCUGGAACCUCAGGGCAACCUGGCCGACCUGGUAUCAAAGGUGAAGCAGGACUCACCAGAGAAGACAUCAUUCGAAUGAUCAAAGAGAUCUGUGGAUGUGGGAUCAGGUGCAAGGAGAGGCCCAUGGAGCUGGUGUUUGUCAUUGACAGCUCAGAGAGCGUGGGCCCAGAAAACUUUGAGAUUAUCAAGGACUUUGUAAAUGCACUAGUAGACCGGGUCACAGUGGGCCGCAACGCCACAAGGAUUGGCCUGGUGCUGUACAGCCUGGAGGUGAAGCUGGUGUUCAACUUGGCCCGCUACGCCAGCAAACAGGACAUCAAGCAGGCCAUCAGGAACAUCCCAUACAUGGGAGAGGGCACAUACACAGGCACAGCCAUUCGUAAAGCUACACAGGAGGCCUUCUACAGUUCACGUCUGGGAGUCAGCAAAGUGGCCAUCGUGAUUACUGAUGGCCAGACGGACAAACGAGAGCCAGUGAAGCUGGAUAUAGCGGUACGGGAAGCACAUGCUGCUAAUAUUGAGAUGUUUGCUCUGGGGAUUGUGAACACCUCAGACCCAACACAGGCUGAGUUCCUGAGAGAGCUGAACCUGAUUGCCUCUGAUCCAGACACUGAGCACAUGUUCCUCAUCGAUGACUUCAACACCCUGCCAGCUCUGGAAUCCAAGUUGGUCAGCCAGUUCUGUGAGGACGAGAAUGGAGCCCUGAUAUAUAACAGAAUAACUAACGGCUACAACGGCUAUGGAAACAAUGGCUACAACGGCAACAGGAAUGGGUUCAAUGGGAAUUACGCCAUCGGAGGCUAUGGAUACCGGCCCGCGUCUGAGCAGGACAUACAUAACAGCCGACAGACCGGCACUAACACCGGCACCAACACAGGCUCCAGCACCCGCAGCAAUGGAGGCCAAGUAGAGACCACCCAGCAUGGCAGUAAAGGAUCCAGCACGGCACAUGGCGGGGGAGGGCAGCGUGUGCACACUGGUAUAACAAACUGGGGAACUGAGCGCGGAGACACAUUUAACCGGGAAACUUUGGAUUCCAGACCCGUCCCUCCUUCCAGAGAGGACUCCUCCAGUAGCCGGGGCUCCUCCUCAUCUUCAUCUUCAUCUUCAUCUUCAAAUAUAACCACAUCCUUCUCAGGUGUAUCUGUACAGUAUGUGCCUUCCCCAAGGCCAGCUCUCCCCAAAGAGACUGUUCCCUCAGACCCUCGCUGUGGCUUGGUUCUGGACCAGGGAACGUGUCGGGAUUAUAACAUCCGCUGGUAUUACGACAAGCAGGCCAACGCCUGCGCCCAGUUCUGGUACGGAGGCUGUAAUGGCAACCAGAACCGCUUUGACACAGAGGAGGAGUGCAAGAGGACGUGUGUGAUCGCCAGAUCCAUCGGGGGCUGAGUGAAGGCAUCUGCCAUACAUCUGCUGGAGAUACUUCAAGGAGGGGCAGCUAACACCAGCCUUUUUCACAGGGUUAUGUAAAGUUUUUGCAUAAUUCUCAGGCAUAUCCACGUACACUGAUGUUCCAUAUCACCCGUACAUUAUAGUUCCUGUCUUUGUGCCCCCUCCCGUAUUGUAAAACCCUCCCUCCUCUAAGUACGGAGAAAGAGAGCCGAGCUUUGAUAGAUACCUCCAUUUUUUUUUUAAUAUUAGCAUCUAGUGCAGGAGAUACACCAUCGCUCCUUCUCAGGAAUACAGAUGAGCACUCUGAGUGCUUCCAGUUCCCUGGGGAUUCCCACACCUAUGGGACACAAUCAUUUUUCUUCAUACACAGUCUGUGAGUGCUGCGAAGAUUGUGCAACAUGAUUUGUAAUAACUAUGGUGCCUCGUCAGUGUCAGAAUCAUACAUGGCAUCAAACAAUCAAUAUGUCAUUAAGAUAAACUGUAGCUAUGAAUUUCUUUACUCAAGCAAGCACUGUAGGGUAUAUUGGUGUUUAAACAUAAUCACAAGAACCAGUGACACACAGCAGAGAUUAAGCCUCUCAUCACUUAUAUCAAUAAGAUAUAGUUUGUUUAGUUCUAAAUAAAAUGACUGAUGCCCUGUAACUUCAUGGAAUAAUUUUGUGCAUUUGAAGGUGUUCUUUUAGACUCUCUGAAUGAAAAUGUAAUGUUUGGUGUUUACACUGUUUCACUUCUUUCUUCCACUAUCUGUCUACAUCUGUUCAAGCAGUAAACUUAUACCA